AUGUCGACCGCAUCCACUAACUCGGCUGGUGACACAAAUGUUGUCCAGCAAACCGCCCCCACGCCGCAAUUAAAUAGAUCCUGCGAAUCGUGCCGAAGCUUGAAGGUCCGCUGUCUUCCCGACCCCGCGUCGCCUAACCAGUGUCAACGAUGCACCAAGGCGAAGAGACACUGUGUUUUCGUGGCCCCUCAGCGGCGGCGACCACGCAAGCGAACCGACUCCCGGGUAGCACAACUAGAGAGGGAGAUGAGGCAAAUGCGCUCUUUUCUGAAGGAUCGUCUACAAGUAAAUGAAAGCAGUCAGGAGAGUUCGGAGAGUGAAGGUGAGGAUCCUCGAGAAGUCGAAUCAGAGACAAAUUCAAGAGAUACUGUAUCGUCAAGCAAGGACGGUCCUACAAGCAUAUCAGGAUCCACAAAACAAUCGGAUCUUCCUCCUCGAUUUCCUACGCCAUCUAAUGCAAACACUUUCAACAAUAGCCCUAUUUCAGCCUUGAACUUUAAUCAAAUUUAUCCUGAGGGUUCCCCCGAGUUUCCACCUGAAGAAGAUGUUGUUGAUCGAGGUCUAAUAUCCCUGGAUUGUGCUGAAAAGUUAUUUUCGUUUUUCUUCACUGAGCUCGCCUCUUUUGCUCCAAUGGUUGAUCUGCCGUCAAAUACCCCUGCCUCACAACUACGUCGGUCAAAGCCUGUGCUUUUUCUAUCUAUUAUCGCCGCGGCUGCUUUGAGCGUCAAUGCUGGCCUGGCGACUAUCCUCAACCGUGAAUUAGUAUCCGUCUAUGCCGAACAAUUCUUUAUCAAUGGCAAAAAGUCCCUCGAGCUAGUACAAGCGCUGCUCCUUAUGAUUGUCUUCUACUUUCCCCCACAGUCACCACUGGCGAUACAAUUCUACCAAUAUGCUCAUAUUGCUGGUACCAUGGCCUUGGAAAUUGGCAUAGCCUCGGAGCCUCGUGUGCCCAGAGCUAUCCCCCGCAACCCGAGCAAAAAGCCUGCCUUUGAUGAGCUAAUGGCCGAAGAAGCAAAAUCCAUCUUAUAUUGCUACCAUUUUGCGUCACAGGUUGCCUUGAAAACUCGUCGACCAAACCUGCUCCUCUUCAAUGACUGGAUGAAGAAAUGUGUGGCACACCUUGAAACUUCGCCACGUGCGAUCGACAGACAAGUGGCUACCUGGUUUGAACUACAACAGAUCGUAGACGAAGCAUUGGCGUCCUUUGGCCUUGAUGACACUAGUUCUGGGACUACGCUCACGGAAUCUCGGUUACAGGCUAUUCUCCGAUGGUUCGACAAUCGGAUGCAGUCUUGGAGUAAGAAUCACUCCAACAAUAUGAUCCCAGUACCCGUGAACCUUGAAUACUAUUACACCAAGGUAGCGAUUUACGAACUAGCUAUCGGGGAAGGUUAUCGGGACCCUGAUGCUAUCAAACAAAGCUAUUAUACACUACCGUCGCCUGAUGAUGACAUUCAGCCAUUCCGCAUGCCCUUGAGCGCCGCUCGCAUCGAUAUCACGGUCAAGUGGAUGAAUGCGUGCCAUGAGCUGCUUGACCUUUUUCUUAGCUGCAAUACAGACCUCCUACGCAAGAUCCCCAACCUCAUCUACACCCGCGCGGGCGUCGCAAUCAUGUCGCUUCAAAAGAUAUGGCUCUCAGUCAGGUGUGGGGAUCUGGGGGAAGUCAUCACUCCCCAGACCGUAAAAAUGGAAACAUAUUUGGACGUAUUGACUGAGCGACUACGUGAUGCAAGUGACGGCGGCAUGUACAAGAUCCCUGCUCGGUGGUAUUUUGUCAUAGCUGUCAAGUCGCGUAACUGGUACGAUCGGUUCCAGGAGCGGCUCGCACGACAGGAAGCCGAAGCCAUUGCCCCAGUACAAAGCACUCCACCAGCACCCCCAAGCUCCAUCCAUGUACAAAACCCGCCAGAAUUUCCCCCGAGCCACCCACCGCAGUCAACAAUCCCUCUAGCAAUGGGGACGGACAUUUCCUCUAUGCCUAAUUAUGACGCUAUGAACACCGGGUAUGGCGCACCCCCAGUUAUGGAAUCAAUGUGGCCUCCCCCUCACGGUGGCCACCAACCUUAUCUUGAAAUAAAUCAUUUUCAGGGUUAUCAACAGGCCGUAUUAGCACCUCAAUUUGCAUACGGACCACACCCCAAGAUUCUCCCGAGUCAUAGCCAGCAAGGUGAAUCUAUGCCACCUAAACCAGACAUGGAAGUUGAUGGGUGGACAGCAGGCCACAAUAUAUAUGGAAUGCCAACUCUUCCUGAGGGGUAG